AUGGCUUUAGUGAGAAGUAUAAUGAGUGCAAAGAAGAUUCUUGGCCGCUCCGUAACAGCAGCAACCGCAACAAGCAAAAGAGCAGCCUCAGCGGCACCACCUAAAGGGUUUCUUGCUGUGUACGUAGGGGAGAGCCAGAAGAAGAGAUAUGUGGUGCCAGUCUCAUACUUGAGCCAGCCUUCGUUUCAAGCUCUCCUCAGUAAAUCAGAAGAAGAGUUUGGGUUUGAUCAUCCCAUGGGUGGCUUAACCAUCCCUUGUCCUGAAGAUACUUUUAUCAAUGUUACUUCUCGGCUUCAUUGAUGAUUGUUCACUAUUUUGUUCUUAGAACUAGAGUUAGAUUUAUUCAUUGUAUAUAGAUGAAUCUUUACUCUUUCUUCUCGAAUGAGUUUUCCGGAAAGGUUAUAAAAUGAAUUCAGUUUUCAUGCAA